AUCGAAAACAAAAGACGGCGUUCCACGUCAGCCAAUAGUAAAAUUCCAACUCACAGGUGGACAAGGAUUGAAAAUGGCAGCGGAGGUGAGGUGGCUCUUGCUGGUUUCGGCAAUAAUUUUGGCGAUUGCUCGCGGUAACGAUGGCUCGGCACCUCACCGCCGAUUCGAGUACAAGUACAGCUUCAAGCCACCCUAUCUGGCGCAGAAGGACGGCAGUGUGCCUUUCUGGCAAUACGGAGGAAAUGCUAUUGCCAGUGAAGAGAAUGUCCGGAUAGCACCUUCCCUAAGAAGUCAGAAAGGUGGAAUAUGGUCAAAAGAAAAAACCUCAUUUGAUUGGUGGGAAGCUGAAGUUACUUUUAGGGUAACUGGCAGAGGCCGCGUUGGAGCUGAUGGAUUGGCCUUCUGGUACUCGGAGACCCCAGGAGGCCAUGACGGUCCUGUAUUCGGCAGUGCAGACCAGUGGAACGGUCUUGGCGUUAUUUUCGACUCGUUUGACAAUGACAACAAGCACAAUAACCCCUACAUCAUGGCCAUACACAACGACGGCACUAAAGUCUUUGACCACCAGAAUGAUGGAUCCACGCAGCUUCUUGCUGGAUGUCUGCGAGAUUUCCGUAACAAGCCGUUCCCGACAAAGGCCAAGAUCGAAUAUUACCAACAUGUUCUCACUGUGCACUUCCACAGUGGCAUGACUAACAAUGAUGAGGAUUAUGAAGUUUGCAUCCGUGCGGAAAAUGUAGUCCUGCCCAAAUACGGCCAUUUUGGUCUGACUGCUGCCACUGGAGGCUUAGCUGAUGACCAUGAUGCCCUGUCUUUCCUCACUACCAGUCUGCAUGUGCCUGGCCAAUCUCCUCCAACUAUCCCUCUUCCAAUCGAUGCAGAUCAGGAAAAGCUGGCGCACGAAUAUGAAGAGUACCAGAAAAAGCUGGAUAAGCAACGUGAAGACUACCGACGCGAGCAUCCUGAGGACCAUCAAGGAGAAGGCGAAGAGUAUGAGACAGAGCAAGAUCGUGAACUUCGCCAGAUUUUCUCUGGACAGAGUCAGAUGUUUGCUGAGUUGCGUGAUAUGGGAAGAAAACUGAGUGAAAUUGUUGGGAGGCAAGAAAGCACCAUCAGCCUGCUCUCCCAGGUGCACACUGUCGUGUCUGGAGGAGGCAUUCCUGUAAUAGGCCAGAAUGGGCAAGCGGUGCCACCCCAGCAUGCGCAAGUUCCGCCUCAAGUAGGCGCACAACCUGUGAUGGCAAGGCAUGAAGUUGACGCUCUGCUCACUCAACAGAGAGAACUGGUCAACACUGCUAGAGAACUUAAAACGUACUUAGUUGAGCUGCAUCAAAGAACAUCUGCCAUUCAGCAAGCACAAGAAAAGCAGGGUACGGCGCACGUUGUCGGUGGCGCCUACGACCAGCAGCAGCUGGCUGCUGAGUUGAGGGACGGCCUCAACAGUGUCAAGCGGGACAUGGCUGCAGCCGCUCAAAGGCUCUCUGCGCCGCCACCCCCCUGUCCGACGGUCUCAGGCUGUGUUUCAACGACAGUUUUCAUCACUGUCGCUGUUGUCCAAUUGUUCGUCCUCCUUGGUUACUCUUUGUACAGGGACAGCAAAGAGUCGCAAGCGAAGAAGUUUUACUAAUAAACCAGUGAUGAAAACCUGCAAACUCGAACAUUCCCACUCGAAUGAACAUGUUGCGAAAGUUUCCUGCCCGGCUGAAGAGAUGGCACUAGCUUUGCGUCAAUUCCGAUCCGCUCUCAAUACUCUCAUGUAGGGUUGUUCUUUCUUUUUCUUUUUUAAAUUUCACUUGUGUUAUUCGUUUUUCUACUAUCAUCUGGCAUAAAAUAUUUUUUCUAUUUCAUUUCAAUGUUUUUACAUCAAAUGAGAUCAAAGCUGACGGAGAGUUAGUCUUUUCUUUUCAUAAUAACAUUGCCGCCAGUUAUUCCUUCUUUAUAGGAGGGAGCAAGUUAUUUAUGGUGCACUUUUACAAAAGAAAUGGGUAAAUUGUGUAUUGUUGUUAUUGUGUGAAAGUGCUGAUGUCAUUUUUUAUCUAUGGCGUAUGUGUGUAACACAAUUAAGUAUUAAAUGAUUUUGUAUGUCAGCUGCUGAAUAAAUGAGAUUUUGAACGGUUAAAAUUAUGUUUUCAGUGAAUAUGCUUUUGGGAUAACAAAAUAAAUAUAUUCAAUACA